AGAUCACUCUGAAUAUCAAACUCACUUAACUUCCUCACUUCAAAUGAGUUUGUAUUAUGCUUGGCAACAUGUACGGAUUUCAUAGCACACUUGGCCGCUUUCAGUGGCGAACGUGCAAACAUUUCUCUGUUCUUCGAGCAUUGUUAAAGUCUGAAGGCUCGAAAUGUUAUAGAAGAGACAUAUCAAUAGAUUGUCUCAGCCAAAACAGUUACCAAAAUUCGCCAAGUUCUUUCUGCCCUGAGUUUGAUUGGGAUUAUCUUUGUAAUCCAGAAAACACUUUGGAAAUAAAAGAAAACAUACGGAAUCGUAAAGGAAUAGGAGAUAUAGAUGCUGUUCACAGACUAUGGAAAGAUGUAUCAAGGGAAGAUAAUUCGACGAAGAAGCAAGAAUUGAUUGAUAAAUUAAAAUCAUUGGCUGCAGACAUUCCCAACAAAAUCCAUCCAUUGGCACCAUUUGGGAAUGAAUCUUGUAAUCGUGUUGUCAAAACUUUUGGUAAAGAAUCUGUAAAUGUAGGAAAAGUGAAGGGUGUUGUUGAAAUUGGAGAGAAAGCAGGAUGGCUCCGUACCUCCAAUGUUGGAACAACCACUGGCCAACGGAGUUAUUAUUUUCUGAACCAACUUGCUCGACUGGAACUGGCCCUAGUAAAUUAUUGUCUGGAUAAGCUCCGUUUGGAAGGAUUUCAAUUGGUAUCUGUUCCAGAGAUUUUAAGGCCAGAAAUCAUUGAAGGAUGUGGUUUUAAAACAACAGGAGAAAGAACGCAGGUUUACAAACUUGAUGCAAAGCGCCAUGGAUCAGCUUGUUUGUCAGGUACCUCAGAGAUGGCUCUUGCUGGAUAUUUCCAAAACCAAGUAUUUUCUAUUCAAGAUCUGCCCAUGAAACUAACUGCUGUCAGUCGAUGCCACCGUGCUGAGGUUUCCGAACUUGAAGAAGAGAAAGGAAUCUACCGAGUUCACAACUUUACAAAAGUCGAGAUGUUUUCAAUUGUGGCUCAAGAAACUGGAAAGGAAAGUGAUGAUUCUCUUCAAGAAUUUGUUGAUCUUCAAACUGACCUUUACCAGAGUUUGGGGUUACAUUGUCGACUCUUAGAUAUGGCAAGUCAAGAACUUGGUGCCCCUGCAAGUAGAAAGUUUGACUAUGAAACUUGGAUGCCAGCCAAGGGUUUCUGGGGAGAAAUCUCAAGUGCUUCAAAUUGUACAGACUAUCAAAGCCGACGAUUAGGAGCAAAGUAUAAAAAUAAAGACAAUCAACUCACAUAUGUACAUACAAUAAAUGGCACAGCAUGUGCUGUGCCACGGCUGGUGAUGGCAAUUAUUGAGAACAAUCAAUUACCAAAUGGUAGUGUUCUUUUACCUCAAGUGUUACAUCCUUAUUUCCGAGGAAGCUUAUUAACUGUGGAACCAAAAUCUUUAAAUCAUUGGAAGAAAUCUCUCACUCCUUUCACAGUACAAUGAUAACUAGUUUAAUUAAAGAUACUGAUAUUUUU